UGGCCGCUGGGUCAUCGUUUAAAAAACCCAACCCAUUCUGCAGUCCACCACCUCCUCGCUCGGCUCGGGCUCGACUGGGUCGGCUGUCAUCCCCAACUUCUUUCCAAUCCCGGCACCGCCCGCUUUGGGCGUACCGAUCGAUCCCGGCUGACGUUGCCGCCCGGCAAGGAGGACUAUCCAACCUCGUCGUCCACUGUCUGAGAGCUGCUUGCUCGCCAAUCGAGUUCUUUCUUUAACGCUAGGGUUGACUUCAAUUUAAAAAUUGGAUAGAAGGGUUCAGGCGUUUGAGAGGAAUACGGGAAAAGAUGUCUAAGGCGGUGUAUGAGGGAUGGAUGGUUCGUAUUGGAAGGCGGAAGAUCGGACGCUCUUUCAUCCACAUGCGGUACUUCGUCCUGGAAACCAGGGUCCUUGCGUACUACAAGAGGAAGCCCCAGGAUAACAUGGUUCCAAUCAAGACACUUCUUAUUGAUGGAAACUGUAGAGUGGAGGAUAGGGGGCUUAAAACGCACCACGGGCAUACGGUGUAUGUUCUAUGUGUUUACAACAAGAAAGAGAAGCAUCAUCGACUUAUGAUGUCGGCAUUCAACAUUCAGGAGGCUUUGAUUUGGAAGGAGAAAAUUGAACUUGUUAUUGAUCAGCAAGAUCCUCCAACAGCAAAUGGGAACAAGGUUUUUUCUACAAUGCCUGCCCCAGACAAUGGAAGGAAUGCCUCUUCUUCUGACAGAGAAAGCCAGUGUAGUCCUGAAGAAGAAGAAGAAGAAGAGGAAGAAGAGGUUAAUCCUACUUUAUUACGGAGAACAACUAUUGGAAAUGGUCUUCCUGAUUCUGUUCUUGAUUGGACACGUGAUGUUGAUUCUGGUUUGUCAACUGAAAACAAUUCUUAUUCAGUCUUAUCUAGAAAACACUGGCGCCUAAUAAGAUGCCAAAAUGGACUUCGCAUAUUUGAGGAGCUAGUAGAAGUAGACUAUCUUCCAAGGAGCUGUAGUAAAGCAAUGAAGGCAGUUGGUGUUGUGGAAGCUACAUGUGAAUCUAUUUUUCAGCUUGUGAUGAGGAUGGAUGGAUCUCGUUUUGAGUGGGACUGUAGCUUUCAGUAUGGUAGUUUAGUUGAGGAGGUAGAUGGACAUACUGCAGUACUCUAUCAUAGGCUUCAGAUGAACUGGUUCCCAGUGUUUGUCUGGCCUCGUGAUCUUUGUUAUGUGCGCUAUUGGAGACGGAAUGAUGAUGGCAGUUAUGUUGUUCUAUUCCGGUCAAGGGAUCAUACAAAUUGUAGUCCACAGCCAGGAUUUGUUAGAGCUCAUAUUGAGAGUGGAGGCUUUAAAAUUUCCCCCUUGAAAUCUCACAAUGGGAGACCGCGGACACAAGUGCAGCAUCUUAUGCAAAUUGAUCUGAAAGGAUGGAUUGUUGGUUAUCUCCCGUCAUUUCAGCAAUAUUGUUUGAUUCAGAUGUUGAAUAGCGUUGCUGGGCUCCGCGAAUGGUUUUCUCAAACAGAUGAAAACUAUGAUGUAUCAAAGAUUCCAUUGAUGGUCAAUAUGACAACACCAGUAGUAACUACAAAGAAGAAUAAGAGAACACAAGUGAACUCUGUUCAGAAUAAUUCUACACUAUAUCCAGUGCAUUCUGCAAGCAGACACUCUGAGAUGUUGGAUGAAGAAUCUGAUGAAGACGAGGAUUUUCCUAUUCCAGAGCCUGAGCAAGAGAUGUAUCAUAUCAAACAUGUCAGCGACUUUAAAGAGGCAGAGACAAUUGAUUUGUCGGCAUUUUCUGGAAAUUUACGGUGUGAUGAUCAAGAUAAGAGCCGCAACUGUUGGAGAAUAUCAGAUGGGAACAAUUUCAGAGUUCGAAGUAAAAAUUUCAUAUAUGACAAAACAAAGAUUCCUGCUGGAAGGCAUCUUAUGGAUCUCGUAGCUGUUGAUUGGUUAAAGGAUGUAAAGCGAAUUGACCAUGUUGCUAGGCGGAAAGGUUGUGCAGUUGAAGUUGCCUCUCAGAAGGGACUCUUUUCGUUGGUCAUAAAUGUGCAAGUUCCAGCUUCAACUCAUUACAGUAUGGUCUUCUACUUUGUGUCAAAACCACCGGUUACUGGAUCAUUACUCCAGCUUUUUGUUGAUGGUGAUGAUGAGUUCAGGAAUAGUAGAUUCAAGCUUAUUCCAGCAGUGCCUAAGGGCUCCUGGAUUGUCCGCCAGAGUGUUGGAAGUACUCCCUGUUUAUUAGGCAAAGCAGUCGACUGUACCUACAUUCGUGGAUCAAAUUAUCUCGAAAUUGAUGUUGAUAUUGGUUCUUCUACUGUUGCUAAUGGAGUUUUGGGGCUUGUUUUUGGUGUUAUCACAUCGUUAGUGGUCGAUAUGGCCUUCCUUAUACAGGCAAAUACUUAUGAUGAGCUACCAGAACGACUUAUUGGUGCUGUUCGUGUGUCUCAUGUGGAGCUGUCCUCUGCUAUCUUACCAGUAUUUGAAACUGCAGAUGGAGAAAGUGUUGCUUUGUAAAAGAACCUAAAUUUGGUGGUAUUUUGUCAUCUGGGCACCAUGUGUUUCCUUUAGUGAAGAUACCAAUUCUAUUCAAGUUAACCACUGUGGUGUUGCAUCAGAUCUCCAGUAGUGCAACUUGUGCAUUUGUUGUCGCUGAUGAUAGGUGAGUUUUUUUUUUUUCUAUGUAUUAUUCAUUACAUGUUCAUUAAUGAAGUGUAUUUGUAUUCUGUAUAAAAUUCCUUCGCAUGAGCUUCCUGUUUUUUUUUUUUUGGUCUCGAGUCCUUACAGUUGCCACAUUUUACAUGUUUCAAUGUGCAUUAAAUGGUUUCAAUGGUGUUUGUUAUUGAGGAAUAUAAUUUAUGUAAAUGGUUCAAAUUGGCACUUGUUCACAGAUAAUGUAUAUAUGCUAGCUGAAACUCUAAUCCAUGACUAAUUAGGCAUUAACUCA